CCGCCGCAGUCCAGCGCUUUCCGGCAAUCCCUCGCGCCGACCUCCGCGUACGCGCGGCACCUCUCCCACGCGACCGCGCAAACCACACUGUACUCCAACCCGCCGUUGCCUCCCCCGCCGCAGCGGACGGAACGCGACAUCCUUCUCUCGCACCACCGCUUCCUCUCCACGCCCGUCACCGACGCAUCCUAUGAGAGCGCUCUCGUGGCGGCAUACGACAAGAAGCUCUACAAGGAAUUCGUGCUGAUGUCGCUGUCGCGAUGGCGCGAGGGAAUGGUCGCCAUGCGCUGGCGCACCGAGGACGAGGUUAAGGCGGGGAAGGGCACGGAUACGUGUGCGGAGCUGGAGUGUGGUAGGCACGCUAGGGACGAGCAGGAGGUGCUGUUUGCGUAUAAGGAGGAUGCAGAGCAGAAGGAGGCGCUGGUUAAGGUGAGGCUCUGUGGGGGGUGUCGGGAUAAGCUGGGGAGGGCUAGGGAAAGGGAGAGGAAGAAGGGUGCGGAGAAGAAGGAGGACAGAAGUCGCAGUCGGAGUCGCAGUCGGAGCCGCAGAACAAAGGAUAGUAAGCGCCACCGCAGGAGGAGUAGGUCUCGGUCACCACCUGGGGAUGCGGAUGAGGUGCGGGAACACCAGCGACAUCGCAGACGG